UGGCGCGAUAUAACCUCACUUUAUUUUUACACAAAACUUUCGCUCUUUUCUCUUUUGACCUUUUAUUUUAAAAAAAACUUACGCCCCUUAUCUUUGAAAGCACCUCUCUUAUACUUUAAUUUAGUAUUUUCUUUUAAUAAUGUGGGAUUCUUGGCACAGCUAGCACAUGCAACAUUUAUUUUUUUUAUUGCGC